AUGGCAAAGGAAGCGCAGGCAGCUCAGGCCGCAGCUCAGCGGGGAAAAAGGAACAACAAAUCAGAAGCGAUUGAAAACCAAAUCAACGAAACAAAACAGAGCGAAAUGGCAGGAGACGAACAAUAUCCAAAGACAACACAUGCGAAGGAGAAAUUAGGUAAAUCUACCACUCCGGUGGCCAUGGAAAACAAAUCUGGGUCUGGAUCUACAACUAGAUUGGUCGACAUUCAAAAACAGCAAAAAGAAGCUCAGGCACAGUGGGGGAAAAUUGCACUGGAGAUGAAUCCCAGUAAUAGCAUGACAUCUUCUAGCAAGAGUAAGCAACCAUGGGCUGAUGAAGUUGAGGAAGAGGCAAGAGCUUCGGAAAAGAAGAACUCAAUUUGGGAUAACUUCGACAUUGGGAAGAUGGUGAAUGCUGGGUUUAAACUCGAGUACGUGGCUCCUACAACUCGUGGUGAGUGUUCUACUGUUGAAAUUGAGGUAGAAGAUAUUACUUCUGAAUUGGAGUACUGGAAGAACUCGGUGGUAUGCUAUAUAUUAGGGGCCCGUCCGCCAUUCGAGGUGAUGCAGGGAUUUAUUCAGAGAAUUUGGGCAAAACAUGGUAUAAAUAAAAUUGCAAUGUUGAAAAAUGGGGUGAUUAUAGUAAGAUUUGACACAGAGAUGGGGAAAAAUGAUGUAAUUCAGGCGGGUAUAUAUCAUUUUGAUAGUAAACCUUUCAUAGUAAAGGCUUGGAACUCGGACAUGGAUUUCUCUAGGGAGGAGCUGCGUACUGUGCCUAUUUGGGUCAAACUGCCAGGCCUAGAUUUCAAAUACUGGAGUCCUAUGGGAUUGAGUAAGAUAGGGAGCCUGAUCGGGAAGCCCUUAAUGGUGGAUAAAAAUAUAGAGAGGAAGGCUGGACUAAAUUUUGCAAGACUAAUGGUGGAGGGACAUGGGAUUGUACAGAGGGUGAGUUAUGAAUGGAAACCAACUUUAUGCAAGUACUGCAAGAAGCAUGGUCACACUGAGGAAAUUUGUAGGAAGAAGCUAGUAUCUAAGACUGUAUCAGUUGUGGAUCAUGUGGAUAAAGGGAUUAAUGAGCAAUCUGUUGAGAAGGCUGGGCAAAAUUCAGGCGUAGAAAAAACACCUACCAGGACAGGGGAAGAGCAGGUACACAACAGUCAAGAAGGAUACGAGCAAAUCACAGUUGAUGGUGUGCAUAAAAGGGCAGCAGAGCAGCAAAAUGCAAGUGUAAGAGUACAGGAUCAUGGGCCUAAGCAAACUGGAGAACAAGUUGCUAAAGUCACACAGGAAAGGGCAGCAACAGGUAAACCAGUGACAAUUAUGGUCACUCCAAUGCAAAGAUACAGACAAGAGAAGAAUCCGAAUAAAUCUCAAGGUGCAAACCAAGGAGACUCUGGUCAACAGACUCAUGCUGGACAAAUAGCAGAAGGCCUAAAUGGCCCAAAUAAGCAAAAGGAGGUGCAGCUCCUUUGCAAUGAGGAAAAUGUGGGUUUGAUAGGCCUACUAGAAACAAAAAUAAAGAAGGACAAGAUUCAGCAAAUAGCAGAAAAAAUGUUUGGAGGAUGGCAAAGCAUCAAUAAUCUAGAUUAUCAUUAUAAUGGUAGAAUUUGGGUUAAUUGGAAGCCAGAGUACUACCAAGUAACUCCGAUAAAACGGACAGCUCAGGUGAUAACUUGUGAAGUGAAGAAUAUCCCUCAACAAAUGUCUUUCCUGCUCUCGUUUGUAUAUGCGUUUAACACAAAGGAUGAGAGGAAGGAAUUAUGGGAUACAUUAAUGGGAAUACAGAGGAGCAAUAAUCAACCAUGGUUGUUGAUAGGAGAUUUCAAUUCUGUUCUACAUGAAGAGGACAGGAUAGGAGGGAAUCCAGUUUCAUGGGCGGAAGUGGUUGAUUUUGCUAAUUGUGUGGAUGAGUGUGGUCUGAUUGAAAUCCCUCAUCAAGGGAAUCAAUACACAUGGAGUGAUAAAGGAAGUAGUGAAAGAAUUUACUCACGGAUAGACCGGGUAUUUAUAAAUGAUAUAUGGUUACAGACUAUGCCUUAUUGCAAAUCCAUCUUCUUGCUAGAAGGCAUAAGCGACCACUGCCCUGCCAAAGUAAUUCUGGAAGAAGAGAGGACGAGGAAGAAAAAAUCCUUCUUAUAUAGUAAUGUUUGGGGGAAACAUCCAAAAUUUCUAGGCAUUGUGAAAGCCGGAUGGGAAAUACCUAUUCAAGGGUGCAAAAUGAUGCAAGUGGUUAAAAGGCUGAAAUUACUGAAGAAGAAUCUGAAGCAACUAAACGGCCAAUAUUGUAGGAACAUAAUAAAGGGGGCCGAAGAAGAUAGGGCAGUCCUAAAGCAGGCUCAAGCACAACUACAAACUCAACCAAGGAACCCGGAGUACCAAAAGAUAGAAAGAGAGAGUUACUUGAGAUUUAAAGAGUCUUCAUACCUAGCUGAAGUAUAUCUCCAGCAACAAAGCAAAGUAAAUUGGUUGAGACUGGGAGAUGACAACACGAGGUACUUCUUUUCAGUACUUAAACAUCAAAGAUUGAAGCAAGCAACCACACAAAUUAAGGAUGGACAAGGAAAUUGGAAAACAGAUCCAGCAGGGAUUGCAGGGGUUUUUGUUGAGUAUUAUAAAGAAUUGUUAGGAAAAAGAGCCAGCUCAAGAGUGAAUGCACAGCAUGUUAUUUUGCAAAAUGGUCCAGUGCUGGGUAUAGAGCACCAGUUGAAGCUAUUGAUGCCAUUUGCUGCCGAAGAUGUGAAGAAGGCCAUAUUUCAGAUUGACCAAACUAAGAGUCCAGGGCCCGAUGGAUAUGGAAGUGGUUUCUUCCGGGAUGCUUGGGGGAUAGUUGGCAGUGACAUAAUAACUGCAGUACUGGAGUUUUUUCAAAAUGAGAAACUACUUAAAUAG